UGGUUCCAGGAAGUGUAUUGAGGUGGAGGAACCCAGGUGGUUGUGGCCACUGGACUUUAAUUCUCGGAUGUUCUUUGAGGGACACAAGGUGGGGGCAAGAUACUCGUGUGUGGUCAAUCUCAUCAACACGACACAACCAAUCCACCACCACGUUAUAAUCAACACCCUCUAUCAUCUUUGCAAGAAGAUACCUUUCCUGGGAGUGAACAUAAAGACGAGAGACGAUCAACUUUGGUACUGCCAAGACGAACACUUCAACCUAAAUUUUCAGAUGUUAGAGGAAGGAACCAGUGUGAUAAAAGAGUUCCAAAAGCUCAGCAAAGAAGGCUUGGGAACAGAGGAUGCCCCCUUGAUGAAAGUUCGGAUGAUCCCUGGGGUGACGGACGCCCCCUGCGCCUUCCCCGAGUAUAACAAAGACUUCCCCCAUCAAUACGCCAUCAUCUUUUUCGUGCACCACUCCAUCAUGGACGGUACCAGUAUGGCCUACAUGUUACAGGCGUUUGUGGAAGUACUUGACAGAGUUUUGCGUGGCCAGAGUGUUGACAAUACCAAACAAAUAGGAGUAUUUGUUUCACACCAGGAGAUCACAGAAAAAGAACUGCUGAUUGAGAAGAUGUUGAACAAUGAUCAAGGACGAUUGAGGGAGUUGAAACAAGAAGUUCUAGCAAGCACCAAAUCGCCUGAAAUAUUAAGAGGUUAUCCUGCGCCUGGGGGACCUAACCCGACCACUCACUUUCUUCACCGCGAGAUUCAGCCAGAAAGGUUCCACAAGAUCUACCUCCGGUGUAAGCAACACGGUGUAACCUUUUACACUGCCCUACAGGCUACUGUAAACACCGCUAUAGUCGAACUACUGAAGGAGGCGGGAAUCAACGAUGAAGACUUCAAUAUCAGUGUCUCCAAUACUACCAACCUGCGGCGAUACAUGCCAAGGCGCCCUUCACCAACACUUGGGCUACACUUGUACUACACCACGCAACUUGUCAACGUUAAUCGAAAUGUGAGGGAAAGUUUCUGGAACUUUGCUAAAAUAAUUGGCAGUGACCUGAAAACUCUCCUUACUUCAGAGGCGUCGCUGGUACAGAGUGUGGUGCGGAGGAUGACGCUGCCGCCCAUCGACCCGACUACUUACUUCAUGACUCCUCCACCCUUGACAAGCGACUACAACUUUACCAAUAUGGGAGAUUUGUCUGCCUUGGUUAGUGGUGAUACUCACAGCGUUCAAAUUUCAGGCUUAACAGCGCUCGUUUCCUUGUACAACUUGCCAAAUAUAAACUUUCACUCUAUGCACACAUUCCGUGGUAAGCCUCUCUACACGUUUGGUUACGCCUCCAACUACAUGACGCACGACACAGCAGAGAGGCUGGUCAACAUGAUCUUCACCAUCCUCGACGAAGUUAGUGAAUAAUGCCUCCAAAAUGAGUCAAUUAACAUCCUGUUCUACCCAACACCACUCAACGAUAUUUAUUCUAAGAUGUGGGAAUUUGUUCUUUAUUUUUCAGCUACACUUAAGAAUCAUAUGUGAGCUACAAUAUUUGUUGAUCUUUUCGUUAAAUUUCUUCAUCCUUCUUUUAUUUCCUUCUUCCCUCCUUUCAUCUGUUUUCUAUCAUUUCCUUGGUGUUGUAUUAGCCCCUUUCUUAUAGGCAGAAGUAUUUAUAGAAAUGGGUGAAUUACAUUAGACUUGUAUAAAUAUUAUCCCCCUGCAACUUUCCACUAGCUCUGAGGUAACAUAUUCAGAAUACGCGAUAAGGUGUGCCCACGGGAAGUCACGUCACGUAGUGCUGAGUUAAGCAUUAAGUGACCGGCUCUCUGGCCACAUAUUGCAGGCAGUAGUUUGAUAACCCUGACUAGAGGAAGACGUUAUUGAGAGCCAUCGGAGAUGGGUCCGUUUUCCCUCGACGGAGGACGUCGUCGGAUAUAUUUCCGUUCUCCCUCGACGGGUCUCUACUUACCUCACUCACCGCUCAUCAACAGGACGUACUUAGCAGAGCUAUUUAACAUAGCCUCUGUCAUCAUUUAACCUUUGAUCUAUAUUUUAGUAUGUCUAGAAUGUAAGGUAACGUGCUUCACAAGUCAUUGUUACAAGUAGUGACAACCCAGGAAGAUUGUUACUUACAUGACAGUUUCCCAAGUAACUGUUAUAUUCACGGUAACAGUCUCCUCAACAUAUACACAGUUGAUAAAUGUAGAGAUAUUAUGUUCUCCCCAUUACUGUGGCAUAACUGUUACAUCUGUUACUUAGAAGGAAAUCGUUAUAGUGUUUCAUCUUUUAUUUAAUUUCCUCUAUUUUUUUUAUUUGGUUUCUCUAACCCUUUCAAUAUUUUGUUCCAUUCUUUCUUUACUCAAUCGAACUCCAUUUAGUUUUAUUCUCUAUUUUCCCGACUCCCUCUUUUUCCAUAUUUUUCUUCGUCCCAUCUUUAUUCUUUGUUCAAUCUUCUUUACUGUACUCCGUUUUUUACUGUGAAUAUUUAAAUAAGAAUUGUGUAUAUUAGCUUAAGCUUCGAUAACAGACACAGCUACAAAAUAUAGCUUCGUUGAUUGGAUUGAUUUUAGCUUUAAUAUAUUAGUGUUUGUUGAGCCUGAGCAGACAUUGAAAUGUUUCCUUAAAUUGUGUAAAGGUGACUUAUCAGGUUGAUGCUAUACAUCUUCACUAUAAACUUAAGUAUACUGGUAGAAGACAUAAAUCAAAUAUUAAAGUUCUAUAAAAUAUAAAGAUAUUAAAGGGUAAUGAAUGAAGAGACGAGUUCACUCCAGUCACCAACCAAACCCAACGUAAACUACCGAGCCAUAGUUAACCUAACAAUAAAGGAGAUUCUAUGAUCAUUAAACUAGAAUUGGGUCUUUUCUAAGUUAAAAUAUGUCUUGUAUGGUUAUGUCAAUCCAAGUUCUAAAAUUAAUGUGUAAUAAAACUCGAUGUGUAAGACAUAUAUCACCCGUGACAAUUGUGGGAUAAAACGCCACACAAGAGGUUAGACUCGGCCAUGAUAUUGUUUUUAUAUUACUAAGGAUAAGACAGACUUUGGGUGACGAGGUCCAUAAAGAGAUAUAUGAUGAAUGUUUAGCAAUAUGACGUGGACGUUGAGGAUAUGAUGAAUGUUGAGUUAGACCGAUGUAACAAUUGUGUGGUGGAUGGCGGGUAGAGGCUAGGCAGACCACAUGGAUGGAGGGAGCCAGUUACUGAGGACUUAAGGUCUGGGGAACUUGUCAGUAAAGGUAGCUGGUUUAAUAAUUGUUCUCGGUUAACAUAGUUAUUCAGCAAACCUAAUUUAACCAUUAAGGCUGAAGAACAGACCUAUUGGAUUCCAGUCCUAAAGAGUCCUAGGCAUAAUGUGCUCUUGUCCAAAAUGAAAGGUUAGGUUGUAGCUAAUAAGACCCAAGGCCAAUUUUACACACAUACACCAUGUUUGAAUCUGGAUGUGUGAAUGUAGGGAAAAACAAUAUGGAAUAAUCAUGACAGCUAAAGCAACAUCACUAAUCUCGUUCGCUUUGCUUCAGUAAACUCUGCCUGAAAUGAAGUUUUAACUCAUAUUUUUUUUACGGUUGACGCAUAAGUUUAAAUACACGCUUAAGGACCUUAGCUGUUGACUCGCAGUAGUACUGUUAUAUCCUCAACGUCAACUAAUAUGAACUUAUAUUUUGUGUGUGUUUUGGUUUCGACUUUGACUUAUUGGAAACAUUGUAAACCCAUAGAUAGAUGUGUAAUUGAAGUAAAAUAAUACCAUUUU